AUGGCUGCGGAGGGUGUAAGGGAUGCCAGGCAUGCCAGGGCUGUCAAGGCUAUCAAGCAUGCCAGGGUUGUCCCGGGCAAGGGUGUGGGUGUUGGGCUGGCGGAGGUUGCUGCCAGGGUUGUGGUGGUUGUGGCUGUCAAGGCUGCGCAGGUGGCUGCGCCGGUGGCUGUGCCGGUGGCUGUGCCGGUAGCUGUGCUGCCGGUGGCUGUCGACAGGGUUGUGGAGGUGGCCAUGGAGCCUGCAGCGGAUGCAGUGGUGCCACAGGAAAAGGUGGAACCGGUUAUGAAGAUCGCAACAUGCUCCAAGGCAGGAUCAGCUUUGCAGGAGACGUUUGGGACUCAGCGGACCUCAGUGCCAGGCGGCCGCCCUUCUUGGAACGAGGCCCGGCGGCUGUGGCCCAGACUUGAGACUGCGUGCCUGUGCCUGCGUGUGCAGUCGAAGCUAAGAGCUCGGAAUUCUCACUGUUUGGUCACGCCGACAGAGGAGGAGGACCGGUAUGGAGACGAUCAAGGCGGUGGAUGGAAAGGUGGAGAUGCUUGGGGUGGCAAAAAGGGUGCUGCAGGGGGCAGAGGGGCCAACAAGGGCCAAGGCAAGAACAGCGGCGGCGGCGGCAAGGACCGUGGCAAAGGCCGAGGCCGCGAUCGCGACGAUGAAUGGGCGGCGCUGGGUCGCAUGCGGAACGCAGCUGCAGGCUGA